AUGCAGCUCACCACCGUCCUCCUCGGCCUCGCCGGCACCGCCCUCGCCGCUCCCGCUCUCGAGGCUCGCGACGCCGUCUCCGCCAUGGCCGCCACCCCCCAAUGGGUCGUCAAGUCCUUCACCCGCACCUGCAACAAGGCCGACACCUCGUGCAAGGUCACCUUUGGCGUCGACACCCAGACCGGUGCUGCCGUGACCAACUGCUCCUACACCGUCACCGGCGCCCCCGCCAGCCGCGCCCCGACCAACGGCGUCACCUGCGGCCCUUACACCCUCAGCUCGUCCUGGAGCGGCCAGUUCGGCGAGGGCAACGGCUUCACCACCUGGUCUCUGGUCGACUGGAGCAAGAAGCAGAUUGUCUGGCCUGCUUAUGCUGACUGGGAGUUGGUCAACGGGAAGGCUGUUGUGCCUGAUAAGAGCUACGCUCCCCAGACUUUGGCUUGA